UAAAAAUGGAGUAACCAUUUGCUCCCCUCUGCCCAAAACAGCAACCAAUUCCAACCUGCUAAAACACCUUUGCCUCUUGCCUGUAGCACUAGUGUGUAUGUGUGUACGUGGAGCUGUCCAAACUCCGAAAAACAGCUCAAUAUUGCCGUAACCAGGGGGCAGAAAAUCAGGGGGCAGAAGAAAUGCAGAAUUCCACGGGGGUGCGAGUCAAGGAACACGGAAUUCCGUGAAACUGAAUCGGACGGUUUCUUAACGAAGAGAAACGGGAUCGUCCUUGACAUUGCCAACCAGCAGCCCGUUCCAUUGGAAAUGAAAGCCUUCAACGACAUAUCGCGGGCGCUCUCGGAGAGCAAGCUCGCCAUCGGGCUGUUCGCCGGCCUCUUCCUGUCGCUGGUGAUCUUCUUCUCCGCGUCGCCGCAGUUCGGUGCCAACGUUUUCUUGCCGGGGUCGCUAGAAAAUGGAGGUGAAGGUUCGCCGGUGGAGGAGAAGAAUGAUCAUGCACCACCGCCAGAGCCAGCCAAUAGGACAACAGAGUCUCCAGCAGUCACAAAGCAGGCCCAUGAAAAAGAACCGACCAAAUCUCCUACAAAUUUCACAGGUGCAGAAAUUGCACCAAGCUCUGUUUCCCCCCCUCUGAAGCCAAUUUGCGACCUUUCCGACUGGCGGUAUGACGGCUGCGAGAUGUGGGGUGACGCACGUACGGCGAGUGGCACAAACAGGUCGCUUGUCUACUUCAUCCCGCCGCCGUCACAGCUCGCCGCCGCGGAGGCCGCCACCUGGAGCAUUCGCUCGCAGUCCCGCAAGAUCGUCGGCGUCCGCGAGGUCAUCGUCAGGUCCCUCAACCAGUCCAACCUCCAAGAGGCGCCUAACUGCACGGUCCAGCGGAGCGUGCCUGCUGUGGUCUUCGCACUCGGCGGCCUGACGUUCAACUUCUGGCACGCCUUCAGUGACGUGCUGGUCCCGCUCUUCACGACGGCCCGAGCCUUCGGCGGCGAGGUCGAUCUCGUCGCCACUGACACCCAGGUCUGGUUCAUCAGGAAGUACCAGCGCGUCCUGCGGGCGCUGUCGCGGUACGAGGUGGUCGAGCUCGACACCGACAGGGAGGUGCGUUGCUACCCUCACCUCAUCGUCGGCCUCCGUGGCCACCGCGAUUUUGACAUCGACCCGGCGCGCGCCCCGAACAACUACGACAUGCUCGCCUUCCGCAUGUUCGUCCGGGAGGCCUACUCCCUGCCGCCACCAAGCACCGUGCUUCCUAGCAAAUCUGGCGGCACAAAGCCCCGGCUCAUGAUCAUCCUCCGCGGUGGGACGAGACGGUUCGUGAACGCGGACGCCAUCGUCGGCGAGAUCGAGCGCGCAGGGUUCGACGUGGUACGCAUGGAGCCAACGUUCGCGGCGGACAUGGACUCGGUCUCGCGAGAGGUGGACGCGUGCGACGUGCUCAUGGGCGCGCACGGCGCCGGGCUGACGAACAUGGUGUUCCUGCGCACGGGCGGCGUGGUGGUACAGGUCAUCCCGUGGGGGAAGAUGGAGCCCUACGGCGAGGGCUUCUUCGGCGCACCGGCGGGGCACAUGGGCAUCCGGCAUAUCUCGUACAGUAUCGCCGCCGAGGAGAGCACGCUGUACGACAAGUACGGUAAGGACCACCCCGUCAUCACGGAUCCCUAUGUGUUCUACAAGAACGGCUCCAAUGGGGAGAUAUACUGGGGGCAGCAGAACAUCCGUCUCAACACCACAAGGUUCUUGCCGACGCUUGCGAUGGUCAAGCGGCUGCUGCAAGAGUGACCUGCUGCUCAUUCUUGAUGUUGCAUUGUUUAGCAGAUGCAGAGAUUAUUGCUGAAACCGAAUGGCACGUUAAGCUGUUUUUUGAACAAGGUUAUGUACUUGUACCGUAAAAAGCAAUUGUUUCGUUCUUGUUUGCACCCAAAAUAUUUUAGCAUCUCAGGAUAUGUUAUCUUACAUUCUCGAUUCUUAACAAUUGUUA